UCUCUCUUCGUUAAAAGCCGUUUGAACGAUCAAACUAGACAGUUUACGAAAUAGUUGUCUUCUUUGUUGAGAUAGGUGUGGAUUUGAGGCCGAACUGAAAUAUUUAUCGCGUACAGUUGACUGUCAAAUUUUGAGGGUUAUGCUUUGUAAACUAUGUCAACUUUUUAAACAGUUUAUUACUUCAACACGGUUCAAACUUCGUAGACAAGGCCAUUCUGAGUUGAAUAACAACAAAUUGGAAAUCGAAAGCUAGGGAUACGCAUACGGACCUUCGACCACCGCAGAGAUUAGUAACUCUGGAUAGCUUCGCCAUGUCCUCCGGGGAUGCGUCGGAGCAAAAUCGGCGGUUCUGUGUUUUGUCUUGGGAGCAGGUGCAGCGUUUGGACUCCAUCCUUGGAGAGAGCGUCCCGAUACACGGACGCGGAAAUUUCCCCACGCUGUCUGUUCAGCCACGACAGAUCGUACAGGUGGUGAGGGCCAGACUGGAGGAGAGCGGGGUAGUGGUUCGUGAUGUGAAACUCAACGGCUCCGCAGCCAGCCACGUGCUACACCAGGACACAGGCCUGGGAUACAAGGACCUGGACCUGAUCUUUGGACUGAGUCUGACUGACGACAGGACCUUUCGCCUGGUGAAGGAUGUGGUGCUGGACAGCCUGCUGGACUUCCUGCCAGCAGGCGUCAGCCGCGAGCGCAUCACCGCCCUCACCCUGAAGGAGGCGUACGUGCAGAAGCUGGUGAAAGUGUGCAAGGACACAGACCGCUGGAGCCUCAUCUCCCUCUCCAACAACACGGGCAAGAAUGUGGAGCUCAAGUUCGUCGACUCGCUACGCCGGCAGUUCGAGUUCAGCGUAGAUUCCUUCCAGAUCGGCCUGGACUCGCUGCUGCUGUUCGACCGCUGCUCCGAGACGCCCAUGUCCGAGAGCUUCCACCCCACUGUGCUGGGCGAGAGCAUGUACGGCGACUUCGAAGAGGCGCUGGGCCAUCUGCGCUCCAAGAUCAUCGCCACGCGCAGCCCCGAGGAGAUCCGCGGUGGCGGUCUGCUGAAGUACUGCCACCUGCUGGUGCGCGGCUUCCGGCCCGCCUCACCGGCACACAUGAAGACGCUGCAGCGAUACAUGUGCUCGCGCUUUUUCAUUGACUUCCCCGACGUGGGCGAGCAGCGGCGAAAGCUGGAGGCCUACCUGCAAAACCACUUCAGUGGUAUGGAGCACAAGCGCUACGAGUGCCUGGCCACACUGCGCCGUGUGGUGGACGAGAGCACCGUGUGCCUGAUGGGCCACGAGCGCCGGCAGACGCUGGCACUCAUCUCCGCGCUGGCUCUGCGGGCACUCGCUGAGCAGCACGCCAUCCCAGCACUGGCCAACGUCACCUGCUACUACCAGCCAGCGCCCUACGUGCGCGACGUCAACUUCAGCAACUACUACGUGCCCUCGCCUGUGCCCACCUGCAGCAGCUCGUACCCCACGUGGUUGCCCUGCAGCUGAGUGUCGGGACAUGUUCUAUGGAUGAGACACUGUCUUUGAAGGGGUUGGCCCAUCUUUUUAGGGUCUACCUUGCAUUGUGGACAGGAGGAGAUGAGAGGGAAAAUGUAAAUGUAUAAUUUUUCUUUUUUGCCAAAUCUUCAAAAUGCUACUACUUAUCUCUCGUCCCCCCUCUAAGUUAUAAUGAACACUGCUGUACAGUAAAACCAGUUCGAGCCAGUCUGUGUUGUUUUUCUGCUCCAUGUUUCUGCAUCCCUUUUUGGGACUUUUUAGUUGGUGUGCUGAAGACCGAAGGAAGGGGUAAAGUACUCCACAGAACCUUUCUCUAUUUCUUUGUGUAAUCCAUUUGUAUUUUACAUGAAGUGUUUAACUUAUAAAACUAUUCUCUUCUUCUGGGAGAUAAACAGAAAAAGACAAGAAAAAAAAGAAAAUCUCCACAAAUCUCCACACCAGACUGUGGCUGAAUGUGCAGAAGACUGUGGUUUCCAAUCUUCCCUCUUAUUUGAAUUUCCUGAGGACCAAAGAUUUUAAUUGUAGUUCUGUGACUGGAACAUUACUUCUGUGAUUUACAAGUGCCUGAAACCAACCACACAGAGAAUUAAAAAUGGUGAAUUUUUCAACCAAG